GGAGGGCGGGCGCCGGUUAACGUCCGUUGGCGGCUGUAGGCAUGUCCGUGUUGUGGUGUGGGGUGGCACUGCUGAUCAGUGUCGAUGUCGUCUUGGCUGUGUGGAGAUAUUCCAACAAUAUGGAAAGUCGAAUUGCAAUCAAUACACGAAACACUCUCCGUCUGGAAUAUGAAGGAGACUCGCUCUUACAAUGGAUUGUUCCAGAACCGUGUACAGUCAGUUCUCUAACGUCUCCCUCUGUUACAUUAAGCUGUCCUGUGCGUGGAAUGUACACAAUUUAUCCACGGGUUCUUAACCAGGCAUGUAUUUUUCUCCUGAGUGAAGGGGGACCAACGAGAGGAACUAAUUUCUCAAAUUUCGCAUCUGAUGAUGAAGAGUAUUUUGAUGAUGAAAAUGCAAAUAUCAUUCAGAAGGAUGUACUCAGAAUUUGGAUACUUGAUCCUGAAAAAGCUUCUUCUGCUGAGUUGAAUAAUAAAGCUGAAGUGCCUUCUUUGUCAUCUCGUGUAUUAACCAAAGAAUUUCAUAAUCUGGGUCAAGACCUGGUGCUGUACUCGUAUCCCAUCGCACACCUGUACAACACAAUGUUUAAUCCUGCAGAGGGUGCUUUACUUCUGACUGAUUUUGGCACCUUUAUAAGUCAUGAUGGUUUUAUAACAGUGGAGGAGCUAAAAAUUGUGCCCACUGAAAUACAGCAUCAAGAACAGAACAAAGAGCGUGAGCCCUUUGGUGACCUUGACCAUGCUGCAGAAUUUGUGCAUGCCGUGGUAAUCAGCAAGUCGCUAGACCUCCUGGCAUUUUUUCCACCACCACCUAUUGUUUAUGUCACAGGUUUCUAUUGCUCAGCCUUCAGAUACCUGCAGAAUUGGAACAUAGCUACAGGGUGCCCAAAGCUGGAUCAUAAAUUGAAUAUUCUAAUUAAGAUGGUCAACAAUUUAAUUCUUUUUGGUGUGGUUGGCACAAAUGCACUGGUAAAGCUGCACGUGUAUUCUGGUUUAAAAUACCUGGGAAUUGUAGAUGCCAAUUACAUCAUCUGGGAAGAGCAUGGUAGGACAGACUUCUAUUAUAAUGCAACAAUGAAGCAGGCUGGUUGUCUGCGUGAAGCACAGACUUGGAAAGCUAUGUUAGAACUUUAUUAUGGUGAUUAUAAACACAGAGACAGUAUCUGGGGUCCAGAGAAUUAUAGGUCUUGCUAUGAAACUCCUGGAUUGAUAAGAGACAUGGAUAGGCCAUAUGAAAUUUUGAAUUUAUCAAACAAUGUGUUCAUCACCUGGCCAACUGACCACACUGGCAUUUAUCUUUUCACUGUGAAAAUACUGGAUCCCAACUACAGUUUCUGUAAACUCACAGCUCAUUUUGCGGUAGAGACUUAUGGAGUGCUGAAGAGGAAGGACACCACAAUAGUUGUGUCUGUGGUAUGGUCCUUUAUAUUCAUUCUACUCUGCAGCUUUGGUUACAGCUACUAUAAAUAUAUGAACAUCUUCGGAGAGAUGCUGUACUUCAAUAAAAAUCAGAGCUAUUCUUAA